AUGGCCAAAUACAGUCAUUCAAUAACAAACAACUCAUUACGUGAACUAACGACCAGUUUGGAGUCAAUGUGUGAUGAGAGGUACAUUACAUCGAAUACAAUGAAAUUCGCUAUAUUGGCCUUUCUCGCUUUUUGGUCUGCCAAACUCGCUGCAGCUGCAAAUGCAGCAGCCGCUGGUAAAGUUGAUUUGAAAGAUUUGAAGUUUGUCGCUUGGGAAGGACACAGUUCCGCAACCGCAUGUCCUCUUGGUACACUUCCCGACGGAGUAUUUUUGCACAAGACAGUAGAUCACAAUGGACAUCACUACACAUGGGUUAAACCAGUCCAUGGAUUGGUAAACGAGGUUGUUUGUGGAAACCACGCCGUAUGGAAGGGAGCGGCUGGAGAAUUGCUGUUAGACCUCCAUUUCUUUGGAAAGACCGAUGCAGACAUGUAUGUCCACCUGGAACACCUCACUGCACUUGGUGGUGUUGCACACGGUUUUCUUAAAUUUGCAAAAAAUGCUCUUGACAAACCAGUAGUUUUGGGACUUGCACCAUUCGUCAAGGAAGUAGCUGCCUUGUUUAAAAAAGAAUUUUUGGGUGUAAAGAGACUUGCAGCACACGAAUUGUUACAUCAUCUUGCAUUCCAUCAUGGUCUCGGAUUAAAGGCACUGCCUGAUGCAGCAGCAUCUUAA